CGCGCUCCCCGCUCUGGGCUCCGCCCUGCCUGGGCUUUCCCGGCUCGCGGUGGGAUCGCUGCUCUGAGCAGCCUGCCUGCGACCCUGCGGCCGCUCGCGGCUCGGACGCCAUGGAGGCGGCGCGGGCCUCGCAGCUGGGCGAGGCGGUGGCGGAGAAGGUGCUGCAGUACCGGCAAGACCAGUCUGGCUGGAAGAUUUGCCGGGAAGGCAACGGAGUUUCCGUUUGCUGGAGGCCAUCUAUGGAGUUUCCAGGGAAGCUGUACCGAGGGGAAGGCAUCCUGAAUGGGACCCCCGAGAAUGUGUGGGACUGCGUAAAGCCUCUUGCUGGGACCCUGCGGGACAAGUGGGAUGAGAAUGUGACCGGUUUUGAAAUCAUACAAAGCAUCACUGAUACAUUGUGCAUAAGCAGGACCACCACCCCGUCAGCCGCCAUGAAGCUCAUUUCUCCCCGAGACUUUGUGGACCUGGUGCUGGUCAGGAAGUACGAAGAUGGGACCAUCAGCUCCAAUGCUAUCUAUGUGGAACACCCAUCCUGUCCCCCGAAACCCGGUUACGUGAGAGGCUUUAACCAUCCUUGCGGUUGCUUCUGUGAGCCUCUGCCAGGGGCGCCUGGCCAGACCCGGCUCGUCACCUUCUUCCAGACAGACCUCAGCGGGCUCCUCCCGCAGAGCGUGGUGGACUCCUUCUUCCCCCGCAGCAUGGCCGCGUUCUACGCCAACCUGCAGAGGGCAGUGACGAGGUUCUGGCACUGACCUUUCCGCUGCUGGCCAAGAACUCCGUGAGCCGACGUGGAGGUCCAGGCGUUGGGACACCGGAGGGCCUGGGAGGCCCUGAGGGCCAGUCUCAACUUUUGGAACCUGCUGGUGGGCAGCUGGCCUCCACAAAGGCCAACCAGGGUACCUGUUCUCACUGUACACACACCUGCCCCACACGGGGGCCCUACCCUCAGUGCGCAGACACCUGCCCUACAUGGGGGACGCCACCUUCAGUGCACACACACCCUCCCCAC